GCCACCACCGAGGACCACUUUUUUCUGGGAGGUUCGGGAGCAAGCUGGGGCAGGCAAACUCCUCCCCGCCCGCUCGCCUAUAAAGCCCCCCUGGCACCCGUCUCUCGUCGGGGUUUGCAAACUUCCACCCGAGGGGACGUUAACGUCAGCCACGGUCCACCAACCGCUGCAACAUCUCCAGCACCGCAAACCACCCCAAGCAAGCAACCAAGAUGGCGCCCUUUGAGAAAUCCAUGGAGAUGAUGAUGCCCUUCAAGCAGAGGAAGUGCUUGGAAACAAGAAAAGAUGAGGUGUGCAGCAUUCGCUCCAAAUUCCCCAACAAGCUGCCCGUAAUUGUGGAACGUUACAUCCGUGAAAAGACUCUCCCCCUUCUGGACAAGACUAAGUUUUUGGUUCCCUUUGAGCUCACCUUGGGUCAGUUCCUCUGCCUGCUCAGAAAUAAGAUUGACCUGGAAUCCACCCAGGCUCUCUUCCUGUUGGUGGCCGAGAAAAGCAUGUCCUGCAUGUCCUCCAGCAUGGGGGAGGUCUACUCCCACCAUAGCGACCAAGACGGUUUUCUCUACAUCACCUACGCCUCACAGGAAAUGUUUGGAGCGCCCCCCGGUGGGGCCGCCAUGCUGAACCGGGACCGACACGAGGCCCAUUUAAUGGACAUUUGAAAUAUGCCCGGACGAGAGCGGCUUGACGCAGCUUAAGUUUCGCACAGUUUAUGUCAUGGGGGAGAUUGAUCUGUUCAAUCAGGCAAUAGUCAAGAAAGAAAAUUCCCUCUUGAGUACUGUGAGCAAAGUUUUUACACGUACAGAAACUUAGAUAAAUGUCCAUAGUUGGGGCACAUUGACAUCUUGCCAGAGAAGUGCAGUGCAGGCAAGGCAAAGUGCUACUGGUGGCACUGCUCCGAGCCUCCACGGUGCACAAACAGGCUCAAAGUCAUGCUGCUAAUCCUCGUUGCACUUGUUCCUCCUCUCUUGCAUCACUUCUUCCUUCCUCAACAAUGUGAAUUCUUAUCUCAGAGUUUUCAUCGCAAGGACGAUUGCGACACUGUGACGUAUUUCGGUAAUCAAAAAGAAAUAAACGUCCAUUUAUUACAUUGA